AUGCCUCGCAAGAAGCAAAAGAGUGGCCCCCCGCCCCGUCCCCAUCGCCCCAGCGGUGCAGCCAAGUCUGGCCCUGCGCCAGCAUCGCAGGCAAAGAGCAAAGGUCCUAAGACUGAUUCUGCCCCUGCUGGAGCUGUCAAAGAGGGCAGUCAAAAGAAGCAGUCGGUACAAGCGAAUCAGCGGCCGAUUGUGCCGUUCUUGAGGGGGGAUCGUAUUUUGUUGGUUGGAGAGGGUGACUUCUCCUUUGCCCGCUCCCUAGCAAAGCAAUACAAAUGCCGCAAACUAUAUGCCACAUGCUACGACUCGCAAGAGACACUUUUUGCCAAAUAUCCACAGACUGAGCAGCACAUCAAAGAGAUCCUAGACUCGUCAAAGCCAAAGUCCAAGUCUAAAUCCGCAGAUGCAGAGGAAGACAAGACCUCUGAAUCGAAUGCCCCAGCCACAUCAUCAACAUCAGCCACUCAAAAACCAAGUCCAAAGGUGCUCUUCUCCGUCGACGCCCGCAAAUUGGGUACCCCAGCUGGCGGCGGCAAAGAUAUCCGUACCGGCUUCCCUCGCAAAGAACCCAAAAUCCCGGCCUGGAAACUCCACCAGCAAUCUCAAGCCCAAGCACAGGGGAAAUCUACCCCAGCUGCGCCCCCGCCUAGCGGUCCGUGGGAUGUGAUCUGUUUCAAUUUCCCACAUGUCGGUGGCCUCUCAACGGACGUGAAUCGACAAGUCCGCGCGAAUCAGGAACUACUAGUGGCAUUCUUCAAAGCCUGCGUCCCGCUCCUUUCCACGGCACCGCCACCUGUGGAUGAAGACGAUGCGUGGGAAGAGGAUUCCGAAGACGAGUCCGACUCUGAUUCCGAUACAAACGAAGACGGCGACGGUGAAAACGACGCCCAAACCUCAGGUAAAGCUACUCGCAUCGGUCCAGGCCAAAUCCUCGUCUCGCUAUUCGAGGGUGAACCGUAUACACUCUGGAACAUCAAGGAUCUGGCGCGUCAUGCGGGAUUACAGGUUGUUACGAGCUUCAAGUUUCCCUGGGCUGAGUACGAGGGGUAUUCGCAUGCGCGGACGCUAGGUGAGGUCGAGGGAAAGGAUGGGGGGCGAGGUGGAUGGCGUGGGGAGGAUCGGUUGGCUAGGAUGUAUGUUUUCGAGGUUAAGCAGGAGGAGUCGAAGGGGAGGAAGAAGAAGAGGGCUAGAGAGGGGGGUAGUGAUAGUGAGUGA